UGGGUAGGUCAGACUAUUUGACAACCUCACAUAAUGCAUUGUUUGGGCCUUCUCUGCAUCAUGGAAGGAAGUCACAGGCAGGUACGGACUGACAACUCAUGGGGCCCCCGGGCAAUAGGGGAUCAUGGGGCCCCUGUGUCCUUGCCCACACUCAAACCACACCCAAAAAAGCCUAUGAAAGGUACCAGGGGCAUCUCAUAGGGCCCUCUUCUGACCCCGGGCCCUCAGGCAGUGCCCGAAUUCCCAAAUGGUCAGUCCACCCCUGGUCACAGGCUUCCCCA